UCGGUUUAUUUGAAUUCAUCGGCUAAAUGUUCAACAGCGUUCAUCGAGUGUAGUUGAGGAAAAGCGCUCGUUCGAUUCGGAUUGUUAUUAUUAUAAGUGACGCCGCGUCGUUCUGUUCGGUGGAAUUUAAAUUUCGGGAUAUUUUUUUAAAAGGCAACAUGAUAACCGUUGACUCGUGUCUGUGUUUUAAGCUCGAGACCGGAGGUCUCAUUAUCGGCUGGCUGUCAAUCAUUGGCAACUUAUUGUUCGCGACCAUUUUUGCAAUUUUCGUGAUACUGCUAUGUGUCUUCAGUUGCCAAGACAUGGCGGAACAACUAGACCUUGAGACGUGCAACAGUUUCCGAGGAGUAUUCAUUGGGGUGUUCGUGGUAAUCAUUAUAUUAUGUAUAUUGGUUGCAUACGCUGCUUGGAAACUGAUUCAAGGAACAAAAGCGCGUGAUCAUUUCAAGGUCAAACCGAUGAUGAUUCUGUUAGGUAUUGUGACAGUCCUAUCCGCCCUCCAAAUCUUAACGCUAACAGCAGCUGGUAUCGUUAACGGAUUGAUACAAUUUGUCGUCGAUGCCUACUUCUUCGUGGUCAUUUACUCACUGUACGAUCGUUUCCGAACCGAAUACGAAAGUGGCGGCAACAACAGGCCGAAUCUUCAAUAUCAAGCCGCUGGAAAAGUUUAAUUCAUAUCGCUACCAUUCGCAACGCAAACAAAUUAUAUUUUUUCUUGGAACAACACUUUUUUGAACUAAUAAUUAGAUGUAAUUUGCUAGUUCCAGACAUUU